ACAGAACUCAAACGAGACCCCUUUUGACGUACACACUUCAAUUACAUCCCCCAUCUUCAAUACAAUUUUCACCAGGGGCGGUGGUGGCCAACAUCAAGCCCUACAACCCUUCGAGAGAAGAGGGGAGUGAGAUCGAGAUCGACUUUCUCUCUCUCUCUCUCUUCGAGUGAAGAGGGAGAAUGCCUAUGGGGUGGUGGGAGCCCAAUGUUGGCCAUCACUAUCCCAAGCAAGGUCGCUCGAGACCUCUAGGACCAUCGGCAACCUCAUUGGGCCCCACCGGAAAUGGAACUUUCCAAUAUCCUCUUUGGAGAUGCUUUUCGUUCUACUCUCAUUUUUAAUAUUGUUAAUUUGAUAUCAUAUAUGAAAUGCUAAAUUCGAAAUAUAAGGAUAUCCAUGACACUAGGACCUCCCCCUUGAUAAAAUAAGUUUGAGUAGAUUGACAAAUUGAUUUUAUAGAGAUUGAAUGUACAUCAAAUUUACAACGAGAAAUUUUUUGGAUUAGUUUAGUUCUCUACUUAAUAAUUGUCCAUCACAUUCAUCCUUCCGUCCAAAUCCCUGACGGCCUAUCCAACGUUGACCUAAUUUUUAUUUUUUUUCUUCUGUCGUCUUUUCUUCUUCUUUGUUUUCCUUAGUUUACUCUCUCUCUCUCUCUAGCUCUUGCUCUCCUACUCAAGAGUUCUCUCAAUUGUCGAGGCGAUCAUGGAGUCCCCAGUGCUGUCACGUGCCGCAGCCUACCCGGCCAUGUCGUGGCUCCGGGGGCAGCCGAGGGAGGGGACCAACAGCGGCAACCUCUGCUUCGCCUCCGCGAAGCCGAUUGGCAUGGAAGGUGGGAACCUGAUCUGGGGGAGGCAGUUCUGGCCUGCCCUGCUGCUCAGCUUCGUGAUGAAGCGGGAGAUUCUCCGGUGGGUGAGGUCCGUUGUUUGGAAUCCGACUCAGCCGGCUCCGGCAAGCUGUCCCCGACUCUGAUUAAGCUUCUCGAGGAGAAUGCUGAACUUCUGGGGGAUGUUAUCGGUGGCAAAAGAGGGCAAACAAGCAAGGUUGUCUGGUCCCAGCCCACGUCAAGCAUAGCUGAGCAAGAAGAUCCCGUUGAAGACCUCAGGAGAGGGAUAGUUGAAUCUAUUGAUAGUGACAUCCUUUCUGUGGUUCAGAGUGACAAGGAUCGUGUAGAGAAAUGCCAAGCGAAGUGGCUUAAGCUCCUAAAGAGGAUGUGGUCUCUCGGUCCUAGGCAAGUCAGGCGAAACGUCCUCUUCACUCCUGAUCCAAAGAAAGACAUAGUUGACAACUCUGUUCUAAUCCGAGGCUCCCCCUACGUGUCUGAGAGAUUAGGGUUUAUGGAUGAUUCCGCUAAUAGUGAAGAUACAGCGCCCGAUGCAUCAUCAGAGUUGGGCCUGUCACUGCAUGUGGAAGCAGCAAGUCUCGAGAGCAGUGUGGUGUCAGGAUUUCAGCUUGCGAUAUCGUCAGGUCCCUUAUGUGAAGAGCCGAUGAGGGGCCUAGCUUUUGUGAUUGACGCUUUUAUCUCUCAUUCAGUUAUGAAGUCAGAGGAGUCGGAGGAGGGUCAGCAGCAGACAGAGUAGUUUGGGAUCUUCAAUGGGCAGGUUAUGGCAAUAAUUAAGGAAACAUGCCGAGCAGCUGUUCUUUAGCACAAGCCGCAACUAGUCGAAGCCAUGUACUUCCGCAAGCUGAAUACUCCUACCGAGUACUUGGGGCUAAUGUAUGAUGUUCUUACAAAGAGGCGGGCCCGGGUCUUGAAAGAAGAAAUGCAAGAAGGCUCUCCCCUAUUCAUUGUCCAUGCCUAUGUUCCUGUGGCUGAGAGUUUUGGGUUUGCAGACGAGUUGAGGAGGUGGACCUCGGGAGCUGCGAGUGCUCUCCUCGUGCUCAGUCACUGGGAAGCGAUCCCUGAAGACCCAUUCUUCGUGCCCAAGACUGAGGAGGAAAUAGAGGAGUUCGGUGAUGGCUCGAGCGUGCUUCCUAAUACUGCAAGGAAGCUAAUCGAUGCCGUGAGGAGGAGGAAAGGCCUCCCCGUCGAAGAAAAGGUGGUUCAGCAUGCAACGAAGCAGAGGACCCUUGCUCAAAAAGUUUGAUUUUCGGAGACUUUGGUUAUUGUCAUUGAUUCAAAUUAUAGAUUAUAGACUGUAAAACAGAUUCUGUUAUGUAGUCUAUAUAUCAUCAAUUUUGCUCGAUUUAUACUUUGACUAAUUUUGAUGUUUGAUAUUUGAUGAUCGGUUACAUAGUCAGCCUAACACUGUGUCGUUAUGCCAGUCUAUUAAUUUUUCUGAAUGGGGAUUGAACUGUUCGUGCACA